UCCGGCCGCCUGUAUGCUCGCCUCUCCGACCCCCCGCCUCGUUUCGUUUGCCUGAUCGACACCCCCGGGGAAGGGUGGAUUUUCUUCGGCCGGAGAGCCCACCCCUGCGCCCUCAAGAUGAGGUCGAAGAAAGCUCCCUUCCCCGAUGGGAGAUGGGGUCGGCGCUGGGAGUGAAGAUUCUCGGCCGCCCCGGCUACACACAUCUCUUCUUUUUCUCCUGCCCAGCCGAGAUCUGUAUGGCAGGGGGAAAAAAUAAAAACUCAACUCGCUUUAUCCAGAGGAGAAAAUCGGUGCCGUCUUGGGGGAAGAAGCAAAUGUAACCAUCUGCCGUCCUCCAUCUAGGAAUUCCUGAUGGGACUCAGAGCCAAGUGAUUUCCCUUGGAGGCAAGAGACAAGGUGAACUUCCCCAGAAGACAUGGAGGUGAAGGGGCAGCUGAUAAACUCAUCCAGCUAUAGCUCUUCAGAAGCUUUGCAGCGAGAGUUCUGUCCCCGAAUUCGGCUAGAGCGGGUGCAAGAACUCCUGGAAAAGCAGAAGUCUCUCCAGCAGGUGCUCAGCCUACGCCUGAAGGAGCUGCGACGGGUUUGCCUUCAGGAAGCGGAACUGACAGGAAAGUUGCCACCAGAAUAUCCCCUGGAACCCGGAGAAAGGCUGUGGCCAGUGCGGAGGAGAACAAUAGUGGCAUCCCGAAUUGCCCCUGUCUUGAAGAAUGAGGAAAACCCUUCUCUGGAGGAGCUGACCCAGGAUCUGGCACUGCAGCAACAAGUGGCUGAGGCUGCCCGACGGCUAGCGGUUGCCCCCGACUUAACCGUUGAUCAGCGCCGGCGCCGGCGGCAGGUCCAGGCAGAUGCUGCUCAGCGCCUGCGGGAGCUGGAGGUCCAGGUAGUAGAAUGCCGGGCGCGGCUGAGCAAAGGACCCCUCCAAAGGGUUGGCCUCGAAGAGGCAUUUCACUCGGAGAGCAGCUCCCUCUCCGAAUCAGCCAGCCAUGAAAAUGAUGACCCUCGCAGCUUCCAUCCCUCCAAAGUCUCCAACCACCAGGGAGCUUUCCCAGACAGAUCCUCACCUCCCAAGGCCCGAGAUCACCUACGUGCCAUCUCUAGCAGUCCUGACCGCCGACCAGGCUGGCGAAUUUUGCAGCCAGAUCUGUACAGUGAGGCCAAGGAUCGCAGGAACUCUGUUGCCAGCCCAACCAGCCCCAAUCGCACCCUCCCCAGAAGCAUGUCCAGCUUUGAGGGCCGAAGCGUCCCAGCUACUCCCGUGUUAGCAAGAAAUGCAUGCACUGGAAAUCAUCAAUUAAGGUCAGAGGCCCCAUCUCUCCACUCCCGCCAGUGGUCAGGUAGCCACGAUUCCCAGCUUGGCCCCCCUAGCCGGGACACCAGUGCCGACAGAGCUUCUCUCUUUGCUGCUCGGACCCGUCGAAGCAACAGCUCUGAGGCCUUGAUUGAACGGGCCCCUUCAGAGGAUCCCCUCCUGCCCACUGCCCCUCCUUUUAAGAGUGCCGAGGCCCUGACUCCUUCCACCUCUGGCCGGACCCCUCGCCCACCUUACAACGAUCUCCUGUUGGACUAUUACCUGGAACGCCGGAGCUGUGGGGGUGGUGAGCAUUUGUCUCGCAGGGAUGGGCCUCCCCAGCUAGAGUGGGGAGCCUUUUCUGAAAGCCCGCUUCAGCGCCGAGCCCGACCUGCGGCCCGCACUAAAUCCUGCGGGCCGCUGCUGCCUCCCCAGUCCCGUGAGGUUGGUUAUGGACCCCCCUUACCCCCUCAUCGCAACUUCCACAAAGCGCUUGCUCUGGAAGGGCUCCGGGACUGGUACUUACGCAACGCUGGAGUUACCCAACGUGGGGCACCCGAGAGGCGAGGACCAUCUCAGUCUGUACAUCAGCACCUGCGCAGCUACUGUGAUCCGGGACCCUCCCACCCCGACGUGGGAUAUUACGGGGGGCCAGGAAGCGGGCUGCCUCACUCUGUGAGCUAUGCGGGCCAGCCGCUCUAUGGCAGGUAUGCAAGCCGAUUUCUUCCUUUGCCCUGACAAGCUCAGCACGCCCUCCUCCUUCCCUCGCUUGCCUAAGGCCAACCCUGUGCCUCUUUUCUCUGCUCUCCCACUUUCAUUGGUUUCACUCCCUCUUUUUCAAAACAACUAGUGCUACUCUGGCUGCAGAUUUUAAACUGUUUUGAAAGCCCUGGGUGAGGAAGAGAAGGAAAAGAAAGGAGGCAGGUCUCCUUGUAAAGCAGCUUUCCCUAACUCACCACCCCUUUGCUGGCUGAGAACAAUGGGAGUUGAAGUCUAAAGCCUCUGGGAGGCAGGCAGUUGAAAGGCUGGUUCUUUUUGACCCCUUUGUCAUGGUUGGAAAAGACCCAUUUAAUGAACCAAAUAGUGUGUGUGUGUGUUGUGUGUGUGUGUGUGUGGAGAGAUAGAGACUGGGGUUGUGACUACUGUAGGGUAAACUUGAUCCAAAAUUGGAGAUAAACCAGAACUGGAGAUAAACACUUUCGCUUGCUGCAUGGUUCCUUUCUGCCCCUUUGUCUAAUCCUUUCUUUUUCUCUCUCUCCUUUCUUUCUGUGCUUUACUCUGCCCAGACCUUUUGCCGACCUGCUUUAUCUGGAAGAUUCUUCUGGUCCUUACAGUUUGGAUUCCACAGAGCACCCAACCCCAGGGACAUUGGUUUGACACUCCCCCUUUUCCCCAAGGGGAUCUAUCUGGAGUGCUGUUUCUUUUUGUUUUCCUUUUUCGCACUGGUGCCUCUCUUUUGGGUGUGAUGCACCAUUGUGGGGAUGGGGGCUCCCUGCUGGCAGGGCAGGUUUCCACAUGUGUGAGGAUGGGUUGUUGCAUGUCACACUGGACACAUGAUGGGGGGAUAGGAGUGUGUCCAUAGUUCUUCCUACAAUUGUUAACCUCCCCCAUUCCAGACUUUGUGGGGUAGGCAGGAGGGGGGGAAAUCUGUGUUUACUGUACUACUUCUCCAUAAAAGGGUUUUUCUGCUGUGGGUGGCGCCCUCUUGUGUUCACUGGAGAACAGUGCACUGUUACUGCCAUGGUGCUCCGUGUUGGGGUGUAGCAUUAUAAACCCUGGACCCUGGAAUGUAUAAAUGGAGAGGUUUGUGCAAUGUGUGUUUCUUGUGAAAUGUUAUAUAGCACAGACCUGUCAUCUUGCUAAUGAACAUCAGUCCUGUAAAAAGUAGAAAAAAAGAGAUCUAUACCACUCCCGUUGCCCUCACUGUGAAAAACUUAGUUUACCCUUCAAUGUAUUGUCCCUUCCUACACAUAUCCUGCUCUUGCAAAGCCCUGAGUGAGGAAAAAAAUGCGUAGGGGUUUGGGAAAUGUUUACCGGAUCCAUUGGAUGAACUUAUUUCACGGCCCAACCUUUCUCCUAGCAGGGGAACUCCACCAUAGUGCUAGAUAUAGGAAUGCAGUGAUUGGCUUCACCCAUUCAGUUUAGUUAUUACCUCUCACAGGGGGAGGGGGCAGGAGAUCCCAGCUGAAGGCAUAACACAGUCUGAUCUAUGGGGUGGGCUAUGGGAAAGGCCAGCUGAUUCCACGUGGCCUUCCCCAAAACUGCUGUGGGUGUGCCUGCGUGUAUCAAAACCCAACUCUCACUGGGAAUGGGUUGCACCAAUUGUAACCGGCAAUGCAAUCUUUUCAUUUUUCUAAAAGUACAGCUGCACACUGUUUUCUGCCCUCUAGACUGGACUGGUUAUUUUCUCCUGCAUCCUUCGUCUGACAUGCUUUCUGCCUUCUCCCCCAAUUUUUUCAAAACUGGAAGGAACGUCUUGCCUUUUUCCUUUCACUGUAAUAAUAACCAUUAUCAUCCUCAUAAUAAUUGUAAAGUGUGUGAUGGUUUUCCCCUGCUCUCAACAAUUGCACAUAAAAGGAACAGCCACUUUGUUUAAACUCUGUGCCAAUGGAAUCCAGGUCAUUCUGGAGCAGAGAGAGGGAAGGAGGGAGGAUGAGAGAACCCAAGAGAGGCUCCGGUUUUCUCCCCCUCCCAUCCCUGGCUGAAGGAACAAGGGCCAUACUGGAGUCACUGUCUUGUGUGUCUUUUUAAUAUACACUAAUGUAUAGAUUAUAUAUGGGGAUCUAAAUGUAAAGCUGAGCACUGUGUAUAAGGAGAGAAGGUUUCUAUAAUAAAGAUUGUCAACGAGG